AUGCUAUCUGAUUCGUGCACGGAUACGUAUAUUACUGCCGAUAUUUCCAAUUGGGAUGCAUCAGAAAACGUAGCACCACUCAAAGAACUUACAAUCCCAAAACUAGAAUUAGCAGCUGCGCUACUACUAUCAAAGCUCAUGGCACAUAUCAAGACCACACUAGGUAUGAAGGAAUUCGUUUGCAACAGAGUCACCCAGAUUCAAGAACUUACCUCAGAAGCACAAUGGAGAUAUGUGCCGGCAGCAUCAAACCCAGCAGACUGCGCAUCCAGGGGACUAACAACUAAGCUACUCAAGGAUCAUCCACUAUGGUGGACUGGACCACCAUGGAUAACCACUCCAGACUCAUGGCCAACACAACCGACAGAAAUGGGAUAA